CGAGACCGCCCCGCUCGGGAGAGGGUCGCAAGCAAAAUGAGGACGUCCCGAAGUUCGCCCGUCUGAGCCCGGGGAGCGGAAGGACCGCCGAGCACCCCAGGCCUCACCUUGACUGUCCUCCCACCCCGCAGCCUCCGAGUCCGCGCCACUCCUCUGACCCGCCCCGCGUCUCGCUCGCACCACCUCUUUGCCAGUCUCGAUCCGUCCCGGUCCCUAGAUGUGCACGCCGCUCAGAGCAUCCCCGGCGAGGAGACUGGGAAAGGCAGAGUCACCAGUCAAAGCUGGGUUCAGAUGGACAGAGCAAAUCAUCUGACAGCGCUGCUGUCCUCAUGGUGCGGGAAGACACUCGGGCCAACAUAAUCUACCACCUCCUGCUCCAAGUUAGACACUCUCCCGGGUGCUGCGGAUAUACAGGAAUGAUCGUCCUUAACCCAGCUCACCUGGGGCCAGUUCCAUGUCAGUGCAUAGACCUCCAGCCUUGCUUUGGUUGGGUCUCCUGCCAGAGGAGCAGAAGGGAACAUGGGCGUGGAGAAAUGGAUUUGCUCGUGGACUGAAGUGUUGAUGUUUUCAGGAUGAAGUGGGAGAGCAGCCUUCUCUUUUAUAAAUCAAUCUGAUGCAUAUCAGAGGCUCCAUCUGAGGGAGAUUUGAUUGCUGUCUUCUUUUAAUCCCCACCACUCCUGAACCUGUUCGUUGGAGACGCAUUAAAUAAUGGAAGAGACGAGUCUGUUAGAGGCCGGGGCCUCCGCGGCCUCCACAGCUGCGGCUCUGGAGAACUUACAGGUGGAGGCGAGCUGCUCUGUGUGCCUGGAGUACCUGAAGGAGCCUGUCAUCAUUGAGUGUGGACACAACUUCUGCAAAGCUUGCAUCACACGCUGGUGGGAGGACCUGGAGCGAGACUUCCCUUGUCCCGUCUGUCGGAAGACGUCCCGCUACCGCAGCCUCCGGCCCAACCGGCAGCUGGGCAGCAUGGUGGAAAUCGCUAAGCAGCUCCAGGCCGUCAAGAGGAAGAUCCGGGACGAGAGCCUCUGCCCCCAGCACCACGAGGCGCUCAGCCUCUUCUGCUACGAGGACCAGGAAGCUGUGUGUUUGAUCUGUGCCAUUUCCCACACCCACCGGGCCCACACCGUCGUGCCACUGGACGAUGCGACACAGGAGUACAAGGAGAAACUGCAGAAGUGCCUGGAGCCACUGGAGCAGAAGCUGCAGGAAGUCACCCGCUGCAAGUCCUCUGAGGAGAAAAAGCCCUCGGAGCUCAAGAGACUCGUGGAGAGCCGCCGGCAGCAGAUCUUAAAGGAGUUUGAAGAGCUUCACAGACGGCUGGAUGAAGAGCAGCAGAUUUUGCUUUCUCGACUGGAGGAGGAGGAACAGGACAUCCUACAGCGACUCCGAGAGAAUGCCGCCCUCCUCGGGGACAAGCGGCGGGACCUGGCCCACCUGGCCGCGGAGGUGGAGGGCAAGUGCUUGCAGUCGGGCUUCGAGAUGCUUAAGGAUGUCAAAAGUACCCUGGAAAAAUGUGAGAAGGUGAAGACCAUGGAGGUGACGUCCGUGUCCAUAGAGCUGGAGAGGAACUUCAGCAGUUUCCCCCGACAGUACUUCGCCCUAAGGAAAAUUCUUAAACAGCUAAUUGCGGAUGUGACCCUGGACCCUGAGACCGCCCAUCCUAACCUAGUCCUGUCGGAGGAUCGUAAGAGCGUCAAGUUUGUGGAGACCAGACUCCGAGAUCUGCCCGAUACGCCGCGGCGGUUCACCUUCUACCCUUGCGUCCUAGCUACUGAAGGCUUCACCUCAGGCCGGCACUACUGGGAGGUGGAAGUGGGCGACAAGACCCACUGGGCAGUGGGCGUGUGCCGGGACUCCGUGAGCCGGAAGGGCGAAUUGACUCCACUUCCCGAGACUGGCUACUGGCGGGUCCGGCUGUGGAACGGGGACAAGUAUGCAGCCACCACAACGCCCUUCACCCCUUUGCACAUCAAGGUGAAACCCAAGCGGGUGGGCAUAUUUCUAGACUAUGAGGCUGGCACACUGUCUUUUUAUAACGUCACAGACCGCUCACAUAUCUACACAUUCACUGAUACUUUUACUGAAAAACUUUGGCCUCUCUUCUACCCAGGCAUCAGGGCUGGGCGGAAGAAUGCUGCACCACUGACCAUCAGGCCCCCAACAGACUGGGAGUGACGGGGUGGGACGUGGGCUCCAGUGGGGUAAGGCAGGGUCAAGAGCUGUGGGCUGCGUCCUGUUGGAACGUCUCAGCGUCGCCGGGCUCCAGUCCUGAGUCAUCUUGGAGAAGCACUCUGGUCUCUAGGGUGGUUUCCGUGGAGAAGUACGUAGGACUGGGCUGCAUGACAGAGCAUGGCUGUGUCUCCCUCCUUGCUGUCAGGGUGGGGAGCUGGUCCCCGGGGAUGACCUCCCCAACGUCCAUCAGGUUUUCUAAUUGCACAAAGACAAGUUGGGAAGAAAGCAGAGGCUUGUCCAGAAACAAAGGCUAUGGGAGGGUCUCAUUUUGCCGAAGCCAGAGGAGGAAGCAAACCUCUAGGGGCUUCCUUGACCCAGAUGAUCUCGUUUCUUGAGGAAAACUACAGGGGUCUUUGUACCUCCAGGUGGAAAAAGGAUGAAUGACAGUUACUGUCCUCAGUCUGGAAGCUGAGUCUAUCUGGGGGCAGAGUCCAUGCAUUAUGAAGGUUAGAAGAAAGAUCAGGGAAGAGAGCUAAAGGAACAGAUUCCUAGAAACUAAGGAGCGGGGAGGGAGGUCUCUUUAGUCUCCUGUUCCCAGGGUAAGGUAGCCGUAAUGAGUAGGAUUGGCCAGAGGUGAUGUGGGGAGAAGGAGCGGGUAGGAGAAGGAAGCAGCCAGGCCCUUUAGCAGAGCUGGCUCACCUGCCUCCUCCGUUGUCUCAAGGAGUUGUUCACCUUUCUCCUCUCAGAGGUGAGGUGGGAGAGACCCUGCAAGACACGACCACCUACCCACUGUUCUCCCAUGGGAGCUUGGAGAAGAGUGGGGUAUUAGAGGAGAGAGAAAGGUUAUCUACCCGGAGCUCUGGCCUUAAAAUUGUUACCUAGUUGCUGCUCCCAAAUUGUCAGCUUUGUCACCUGGCUCAGGUGUCCAAUGCAAAGGGGAAGAAAGGUAAUGGAGUCUUUCUUACCCUGAGGACAGGGUAGAAGUGGGUGAUGUGUGUCGGGAAGGGCCAGACAGGCAACUUCCUUUUGCCUGUGCAUCUGACCUGGAACUCAUGUUCAUAAUAGCCUUUCACGUGUGUGUCGCCAUCCUACACCCUUUGCCAUCUCCCCUUUCAGAGAAUGUACGUCAUUUUAACGUUAGGCCAAAACAAACCUGUAAGGUACCUAUGUCGUCAAGGUAAAGCGAUGCAUGCAAACCAAACUAAAACAACCUGGAUUGUCUGCUGCUUGAGUAAGCUUCACAGAAGACAAGAAACUGCAGUGAACUGCGGGCAUUUCGGUUCCUCCUACCACCUCAAAGGACUGUGUCCUCUCUUCUAACCUUUGUGCCUUGACUGUGGUUCUUUGUGGCAGGAGGCUUUGGCUGGUAAAAGUAAUAUGGAGCAAAGGAUCCACUGACGUGA